AAUACAAAAGGGAACCAUCCCUUCAUUCGUUUCGGCUCUCCGCUCACGUUGUCGUUCCCUAAACCCUAUAAACCCUUCCUUUCUCACCAAUUUUUACCCGUUUCUUCGUUCCAUUUCCAACCAAUUAAGCUACCACCAUUAUAGAUUGUAUAUUGGAAUAGGUUUAUCACUUUGGGGAGGUUUAGUUCCGGUGAAGAUGGUGAAAUUUCAUUUUGAUGACAUCAUUGAGGUUCAGGAUGUGAAUGUUGAGGGCAAAAAGUAUGACAAAGUUUCUCGUGUCGAUGCAAAGAGUGAGGAUGGUGAGAUCUAUAUGCAGCUAGAUGUGAACUCCGAGUUAUACCCUAUGCAUCCAAAAGAAAAGUACAGGAUGGUGUUAUCUGAGACUUUGAACUUAGAUGGGACAGCUGUUACAAGCCAUUCUGAGGCCAAGCAGAAGUCUCUUGCAGACAAAUUUGAGUAUGUCAUGCACGGCCUGCUGUAUAAGAUCUCGGAGGAGAAAGCAAAAGCUGGUGUAAAAGUGGUCGUGUAUAUAUCAUUUGGAGGGCUUCAGCUGAUGGUAAGGGGUGCUCCCAUAAAGAUGCAUGGAUACAAGGUUGAUCAAAGGUUGUUUUUACUCUUGAGGAAGAUUUAAAGCCUUAUUUCACUCUGUAAUGACAGUCUAUUAGGCGAUGAAUUUUGUGCAUCAAUGGUCGGUGUAAUGUAACUUUGAAAUUUAUCUUCUUGGAAGAAAACCUGCAUGAAGCGUGGAAACUCUCUUUUCUGGACUUCAUUAUGGAUGUAAUUAGUUCUGUGAAUGUGUCUGUUUACUUCUGAAUCAGAUGAUGUUGUUAUUGCACUUCAUUUGGAUGCUUGUACAUUUAAAGUAUUAUGAUCAAACUUGCUUCACUCUCCGUC